GUCAAAUCCGGGGGCGCCUGCGCUCCAAGUCAACCGAUGCACUUGCGAGACUGCACGCGAGCGGUUAGUACCACGUCUCAAAGAACCUGCGAAUCGACUUUGAGCACAUGGCUCCGUUCCUCUUCGAUCCUGAUGACGACGACGAAUUGGAAGAUGAGGAGGUCGGAGAAGAUGAAUUUGAAGGCCAUGACGGAGACCAAGGAUUCUUCAUUGGCGCAGAGCUGAUGGCAGAAGUGGACGCUGACAUUCAAGAGCCGAUCGAGUCGAUACAAGAACACGACCAUGGCGCAGGUCCAAACCAAGACUCCGACCAAGGCAUCCAAGACACCGUCAAUUUGUUACAAAUGGAGGAUGCGUUUGAAGCCGCGCAAGGCCUCGGCGAUGCAGCAGCCGCCGCCGACUUAAUCUUGUCGCCAACAAACAGCACGGACUCUGGCAAUAUCGCUAACGAGGAUAUGGAUAUGGAAGAAGAAGAAGAAGAAGCAACGAGCACGACCAGCGAAGGAGAUGUCGAAUUGAUGAGCACGACAAGCGAAGAAGACCUUGAAGGGCAGGACAUCACAGACGCGCACUUAAGAGUUCCUACGAUUGCCAGGUGGAGGUUAAACCUUACUGGGUUAUCACAAAGGUACAAUCUCUACUUCGCUGCAUACAAGGACAAGAUACAUAUAUCGCGACCUCGCAGCUGCAGCACACAUAAUUUACCAUCAAUCCCGGACCUGGUGCUAAGGCCCGGACCCAGCGAUGCCGCCCAAUCAAUCGGGGGCCAGCUCGAUGCCAUGUUCCCGCACCAGGUCAAUCAUCUGAUAAUUGGUAAUUUUGGCGAGGAAGAGAUUCUGUUGCUGGCAUAUGAUGACGGGGAUGUAAUCGGAUAUUAUACACGAGCUAUCGAGAGAUGGGUCGGCCGCUUCGAACGUUAUACACGCAGUAAGCCUGUAGUUGCGGACCUGGAUACGUUCUUCCAUGAGAAUGCAAAGAUUUCAGCAUGGGGCCUCGCUGUUCAUUCCAAAUCAAGAAUCAUUGCAGUGGGAACCAACUUGCAUGAGAUCGUUGUCUUCAUGCCUGCACUGGCGGGGCACCCUUUUGAGUCGAAAGAAGGUCGCGACACCAGACACCAUUACUACACGGUUACGAUGGAUGCGUCAGGAGUUCGAAUUCCAGAGAGUCACGGUAUCAAGGAAUUCUUGAAUCGAGAAGAUGACUUUGAGUACGAGAAUUGUGUGCGACGAAGAGAUGCCAAUUGGAUGAUUACAUUUGAGACCAAGCCCCUUGGAGACAAUAUUCCUAACGUCACUUUUAGCGACGACAAAGACGGGAAUGCAGACAAAGUGGUUGGCAUCGAUGUAAAAGGAAAUAUCUGGCUGAUGGAUCUAUGGGUUUUCGGCUCGCCAUUCAAGAUGAUCCCACCUUUGCAUUGCGGCCCGCCAGGAGCGCGGCCUGGAGACGCCGGACGACCAAGGGGCUGGGGUGCCUUGGUGAUCCAUAGCAACAGCUUUCUCCCCACAGAUGGCUACGAAGAUUCGCUCGGUAUCUCCAAGAACAAGACAAGUCAUGUGAGCCACAGCAAGAUCGGAAGCUGGGUUGAUAUUAGUAAGAGCGUGGAAAGUAUACCACAUAACUCGGUUGAGCAUCCUUGGGCAAGGCCGCGACACGGAGAUCCCCACAUGGAGCAUCACGGGUCCAUCGAUACUGAGUGGUGGUUUCAAGCUUAUGCAGCUGAUACUGUUCAUGCGCAGCAGAGGCAUUAUUGGCAAGUGGUCAGCCCCUUAUCUAGUCUAGGCAUUCUCCCACAGGGAAUGCCUGUGUCAACGCAAUCUAGCCCUCUGCUGGCUGAUGGAGCUAGCAUUAUGCGCCUAUAUGAAGCCGACAUAGAACUCAGAUCACACGAAGAGCAUGGAUUCGGCGUGAUGUUGCAGAAUGCUACCAGGCAGAUUCAUCCCCGGCCUCCAGGAUUGCCUGCUUUACGAUGGGCGCACGAAAGGUUGAGCAAUAACCAUUACAUCCCAGAAUUGGCACUAGUACUUGCAGGUUCUAUGUGCGGCCGAGUAGCUCUCAUAACGCUGACACAAACUGAGCGCGAUGACGUGCCGUUCAAGAGAGGCUUCAAAGUCGAAGCUAUACUUCCUUUGAAACAUGAUGAGGAUAAACGACUACGUCCCAUCUGUCCUCUAUUUGGUGUCGCUGUCGGGCCUCUCCCGGUGGAUGAUACACCAGAAUUAAUCAGUCCGAAGAGACCCCGACGUUUCCGUGUUAUGCUGCAAUACUAUGAUCAGCGUAUCCUCAGCUACGAGAUCACUCGCGGUGCGUGGUCAGAUGCGCUGACAGUCAUAUGAUUGGUAACGUGAAGAAGCGGCCGGUCUCGAUUCCUACAGGAGCAGAGUAUACAGCAGACUAGUGACAUAUGUGAGUUCAAAAAGAAUUUCCGGAUAAGCCCAAUAAACGAAAGCCGCCAGGAGACCGCCUCAGUGUGCUCGGAUGACCAGCCAUCUACCAUUUCCGUUGCUGAACAUGGCUCCGUCUU